AUGAGCUUAGAGAUCCAAAGCAAUGAAAAACAUUUUUUGGUCGACUUCCAAAAUUAUGAGUUGCAAAAACUGAGUAAUUGUCACUUUUUGACAGCAAAUAAAAAUUCUCAAAACUUUAAAUUGUUUUCAAAACGAUUUAGCUCUAUAGUAGUAGUAAUUUUCCAACUUGAAGGAUAGCGUAGAAAGUGGAUGAAAAAAGAAAUGGAAAAUUACAGUACUCUCCGCAAUUGUCUUCAUUGGAGUAUUACAUCGAGUGGCUAUUGCUGGCAGUCUCCAAGACCCAGACCCUAAAGCAAUACCUGGUCUGAAUGAAUUUCGGGGAAUGAAUAUUCUCGGUUUCUAUGAAGCACUCAAAGAACUUUACCUCACUGGUGGAUUUUCAAAGAGCCUUCCAUUCAAUAGUAUUAUUCUUUCACAACUGUCGAUUCCUGAUAUUGUUUAUCAACAAUUGAUACGAGCAUUUGAAUUGACAAGAUGGGAAAUUAAAAAUGGAGAUUCUUCUUUGAAACGGUUAGAAGGAAUUAUUGCACUCAACGAGCCUUCUGUAUUGCCUCGUGAACCAUGGCUAAUUCAACUUGCUACUACAAUUCAAGCGAGCUCUAGGAACACUCGAAACGUGGCAUUUUCCAUUCGAGAACUUGGAGCGAAACUAGUAAAGGAUAAAUUCUCUAGGGAGAGCUACAUAAAUGGAACUGUUCUUCGAACUUAUAUUAAUACUUGGCUCAAUGCAGAAUUACCAGAAGAAGUGCACAAAGCUAAUUUGGUCGAAGUUUUAGUUACUUGCCAUCAUACUCUUGGCCCUGAAAAUUUCGGAAAAUUGGGUGACUUUCUUGAGAUAAUACCAUUCCAGAUGAACGGAAUGUAUAGAAAAGAUUCCGAAUUUUUGUAUUUUUACGAACAUCGUGUAGGAGAAGCCAUUGCUAAUUCGGAUCAAACAGUGCAAAUGUUGAUUUUUUAUUCGAGAUGGUUUUAUGAACGUCACUGCAACGAAAGAUGUUAAAGAUUCAAUUAUAAAUCGUCUUGCAUCAAUAGAUCUUCUUUCUUCUCAAGAUCUUCAGAUAUUCGACGGAUCACAACCAGGAUCUAAAAACACAACAAGACAUGAAAAGACUCUGAAUAACUUGUCGAAGAUUUGGGCGGAAAUUGGGAAUAAAGAACUGAAAACCAGAUUUGUAAAUGCAGCAAGACCAAUCAUCAAUGAAAUUGGAGGUUUGGAAGGUGCCAAGAGUGCAUUGAUUGCUGGAGCAAGACUGAUUAAGAAUUUUGAUGGCUCCGUGGAAAACGCAAAACUAAAAUACAAUCAGUUGAUUCAAACUUUCCAAGCUUUUCCACAUUUCAAAGAGCUUCUCCCAUUGGCUUUUGACAUCACCAUGCUUCUUAACAGAACUACCAAUACAGAGGGAGUCACUGGAUCUCAGCUUCUUUUCAGCUUAGUCUUUGAGCAGAAGUUCACACCAUCAAAUAUGAUAUUCGAGUCUACGAAGACUAAAUCUCUAGAAACUAUGCAGACAUUUUUCGGAGCAAUAAAUUUUUCGAAAACUUCAGGAUUUGGGACUCUAAUGGAAGUUCUUGCUAAGGAGAAGAUUCGAUUAAACAAGUUCAGAGAUUAUGUCUCAAAACUUGACGAUGAUAGAAUAUUAGUAAGGAACUUGAGAAAAUAUUUCGAUGUUACUACAACUGAAGAAAUCGGGAAAAAAGUUCGUUCGGCGCUCCAAAGUAUUCGAGAUAUUUCAUCCACUAAUGAGGAUCUCAAUGAAAUUCUGAAAACUGUUCGAGACAUUUACCGAUCCAGUAACUCUGCAAGUAUCUUCAUGUUGCUCUCUGACAUUUCAAAAUUAUCAAGAGAUGCGAGAUGGCUGGAUUCAUGGUCUGCAUUCAGGGCGAUCCACAACUUGAACAAUGGGCCUCCAUCAUAUCCUCUAUCUCUUGCAGCCCUCUUCCAAGAUCUUUAUAAAAUUAUAAAAUCGAAUGGAAGCUACCGAGAAGUAUUUCUGGCACUGCAAAUGCUCAUGGAAAUGGAGAAACCGGAAGUGAUCACUGCAAAAUGCAAAUUCAUCGAUUCCUUCUACACAGGACUUCAAAACAUUGACAAUUCAAUCGAAGAAUUCGGAGUGAUCACGAGUGAUAUUCACCGUUGGAAUGAAGCAACAAUUUCUGUAGAUGCCCUUGUCCAAUUGUUGAAAGCAUCAGGAUCGUUGGAAAAUCUGAAAAAGUUUCUCGGUUACCACAAUAGCUACACAACUGAUGUAAACAACCCGAAUAAUUCAGUUGACAAAAUUGGUGAUAUGAUAGUUUAUUUGGAAAAGAAUGGAUACAGAACCCCUGGACAAUAACG